GGAGUCAAUCCAGUCAACAGAAACUGCCAGCAUGGCAGCAAAACACGUUUACCGACAGGGCUUUUUAUUACUUUUAUUUAACUUUAUGUCAGCCGCAGCCCUGGAGAGAAGGUUCUCCGACUUUAAGAGAUGCGCCGAUCAGGAGUGCAGCAUGCUGCUGUGUCGGGGGAAAGCUGUGAAUGAUUUCUCAGGACCUGAUUGUCGGUUCUUGUCUUUCAAGAAAUCUGAAACUGUCUAUGUAUACUACAAGCUGUCAGGAAGAAGGCCUGACAUAUGGGCCGGAAGUGUUGGAAGCCAGUUUGGCUAUUUCCCAAAAGACCUUCUGGCAGUUAACCACAUUUAUACUGAUAAAGAAUAUGAAGUUCCAGCUGAGGAAACAGAUUUUGUCUGUUUUGACACUGGAUUUGACAAGUUUGAUAAUUAUGAUGUAGAUUUGCUCCUUGGCUUGUCAGCAGAGGAGAAUGAUAGCGAAAACAACAAAACAUCUUACCAAGUCCAAGCAGCAGAGGCAAUAGAAACAGGAGAAGAAGUAGCUCAGAGUGAAAAACAAACUGAGCAUCAUGAUAACUUUGAGAAGCUUCAUAAAGCCCCUGAUGAUCAAAGUGCCUCUUCAGCCAUUCUUGAUCAGUCAACUGAACCACCUUUAAAAAACAUAAUGGAGUCCAAUGCAGAAGUUGCACGUGAUGCUACAGAAGCUGAAGAGGUUAAGGAAAAACAUGUACCAGAGUCUGUCCCUGAAAACUUGUCAGAAAAGAGUGAAACCAAAGAUACACCUGCAAAAUCUGAAGUGGAGUCUGUGCCCAAAGAUGAUUUUGUUUCAGAAAGCGAGCCAGUCUCGUCUUCUGAAGGAGUUCAAAUCCCUGAGUUGAAAACGAUCAUUGGUUCAACUUUUGAUGCCAUCGUCACCGAUGAAGAAAUCACCAAGAAAAUUACCCCAUAUGAAGAAGAGGAGGAGAGUGUAGAUGUGGAAAACCAUCCAGAAAGUGGCACUGAUGUUAAAGAAGAAACUCCACUGCUCUCUUUUUCAGAAGACUCCAUCAACACUCAACCAUCUGUGGAAAUCUCUAAGUUAAAAACGACCCUUGGGACAACUUUCGAUGCUGUGAUCACAGAUGAAGACACCACCAAGAAAGUUACCCCAUAUACAGAGGAGGACAGUGAAGAUGUGGAAGAUCAUCCCGAAAAUAAUACUGAUACUAAAGAGGAAACUCCACUGCUGUCUUUUUCAGGAGAAUCCUCUAACACUCCAACAACUGACUCUCCUAAAAAUCCUGAAAGUCUGCCAUUGACACCUGAGGAUAAACCAAAGACAGCAGAGGAGAAGAAUAUGUGGACAUCACUCGGAGACGCUGUGUUUUCAGCUGUCACUGGAGUAGACAUGACCACACAAGAAGUGAAUUCAGAAGAAGAGGAAGAUGAUGAUGAGCGAGUGCCAAUCCCUAAGUUAAAAACUACCCUUGGGACAACUUUUGAUGCUGUCGUAACAGAUGAAGAAAGCACCAAGAAAGUUACCCCAAAUCCAGAAGACGACAGUGAGGAUGUGGAAGAUCAGCCCAAAAAUAAUAGUGAUACUAAAGAGGAAACUCCACUGCUGUCUUUUUCAGGAGAAUCCUCUAACACUCCAACACCUGACUCUCCUAAAAAUCCUGAAAGUCUGCCAUUGACACCUGAGGAUAAACCAAAGACAGCAGAGGAGAAGAAUAUGUGGACAUCACUCGGAGACGCUGUGUUUUCAGCUGUCACUGGAGUAGACAUGACAGCAAAAAAAGUGAAGGAAGAGGAAGAUGAGGAUGAGGAAGACGAGGAGGAAGAGGAUGUAAAAACCCAUGAUGAAUCACUCUCGGUAAAAUCCCCAAAGGACCCAGAGAACAUGGAGCCAGUUCUUCAAGAUUCUUCGAAUUCUACAUCUGAUAAUUCUGAUGUGAUUGAAAGCACCAGUGACUCAGAGAAACUUUUGUCUGAUAAGAAUGAGAAUGAUAUAGAAGUGACUGGACAUAAGGAAGCUCUGGAUGAAACCAAAAAAUCAGCAGAGGAUCAAAUAGAGCAUCUAACAGAGGAGAUGAUAAUAUCCAUGGAGCCAAUGCCACAAGAUAAUAAUUUAGACAACCAUGAGGCUGAAGUAACACAUAUAAAAACCACACAUGAGGCCACUGAAGACAAAGACGAGCAGGAGGUGCCCAAGGAUUCAGAGAUCGCUGAAGACAAAGACGAGCAGGAGGAGCCCAAGGAUUCAGAGAUCACUGAAGACAAAGAAGAGCAGGAGGAGCCCAAGGAUUCAGAGGCCACUGAAGACAAAGACGAGCAGGAGGAGCCCAAGGACUCAGAGAUCACUGAAGACAAAGACGAGCAGGAGGAGCCCAAGGAUUCAGAGAUCGCUGAAGACAAAGUUGAGCAGGAGGUGCACAAGGAUUCAGAGAUCGCUGAAGACAAAGAUGAGCAGGAGGUGCACAAGGAUUCAGAGAUCGCUGAAGACAAAGAUGAGCAGGAGGUGCACAAAGAUCCAGAUGUCACUGAGGAUAAGGCAGCAAUACCAGACAGUAUUACUGCUGUAGAGCAGGAAUUAGACAGUGCAGUGGAUGAAAAAGAAAACAUGACCGAAAGUGAAAAACACCUCAACUUGUCCGCUAAUGAGAGGUCCAGUGACUCAGACCUCAGAGAUGAUGAUAAUGUAGUAAAUGACAGCCUGCCUAAUCAGAUACCUGAUGAUUCAAUGACAGAUUUAGGAAGUAAUAUCAGUCAAGCAGAAUUACCUGUUGAUGAGCCAGAGAUUCAGGAUGCACUACAUACAAGGGAGAUGAUGGAAGAAGAUGAGACUCCAGAUGUGGAGGAGGAGAACGAUGAAGAGAGAGAAGAAUUACUUGAAGAUGAAAACGCGCUUUUGUUCUCGCAGUCAGACAAAACCUUGCCUGAAACAAGUCCACCUACCGUGUCACCUCCAGAGCCAGAAUACAGUGAAAGCGUAAUGAGACUGACUCUGCUGAGGGAUCAUUUCACCGAGGAGAAGAUGGAGCAGGUCCAAAAGCUUCUGGGUCUAAAAAAUCUCUUCAAACUGGAGGCCAUGUUCAUGGAUCUGGACACAGAGUUUCAGGCUACCCGUCAGUCACAGACGGGUACUACAGAGGACGUUGAAAAUGCACUCGAAGGCAUCUUGGAAGCCUCUGAGAACACUAUCUUGGACGAGAUUGAGAAGAUGCUUGAUAGCCGGGACACUAAACACGACUAUGAUCACCAUAUGGACACAAGUAAUUUGGACGAAGAAACAGAAAUACUGGAAGACUUUCAGGAGCUGGCUUUCAGCCUGCGGCAAAAAUAUUCAACAGCCAGUGACAGCACGCCUUUAGCACUAGAACUGUCAUCAGACACUGAGAAAGAUGAACAGGAAUUGAAUGUUAAAGAAGAUGUGCCACACAUUGCUGAGGAAGAAUUGGACAAAAUACCGAAGGCCGAGAGCGAUGACAACCUGACAAUAACGGAUCCUGAAGAAAAGCCAGCUGAGGUUGAAGAGGAACAGCUGGUUAGACCGGAUGUUAGCGUGGAGGAAGAUGGUGGACACUUUAAUAAAAACGAAGACAAUCCGCUGAGCUUCAGCACAUCUGAUGAGAUGCAAAAGGUGCCUCAAGCCACCGUGGAAAAUGCCUUCGACAUGGGGCUUGGUGUUGAGGUUGAACACUCACCCUCAGGGUCUAUGGACUCCGUGGAACCAGUGUCCGAAGUGCACGAAGAAGAAGUGGGGUUAUUCUCAACAGGGCUUGUUUACACGGGCUGCAUCCUUGCAAUGAUCACGAAUAAAACUGCAGAGUGGACCACUGUGAUGAUUUCAUUGCUGCCUGAAGAGUGGAAGCCAGGAGAAACUUUGUUUGGCUGUCCUUGGCAAGCUGUUGUCAUCACUGCUUUGGUUGGAGUAUUGACCUUCACCCUCUUCUUCUGGAGGACUGUGCUGGCAAUAAAGAAGAAAGAGUACCUCGUGGAUGAAAAAAGACUCAGAGAGCAAAUCCAGGUGCACAAAAAGGAAAAGGAUGAAGCUCUUGCCAAAAUGGCUGAACUCCAGAAACAGACUGAACAACUGAAAGAAAAUCGAAAACAGUCAAAGGAAACUGUUAGUUGUGCAGUGAAAAAGAUGCAAGAGCUAGAGAGUAAAGUCUUACAGGCUGAAACAUUGAAUAAACAGAUGGCAGAGGAAAAGGACAAAUACGCACAGCUACUGGAGGAAGAGCAGGCAAACACUCUCCAAAAUGAAACAAGAAUUGAGAAAUUAGAGAAGUUAAACGAGAAGCUACAAGCUAACAGGAAAAAGAUUCAGGAAGCGCUCUCUAAGACUACUGUUCUCCUGGAUGAAGCCAAGAUUCGGGAAGAUGCCCGAAACGUUCAACAAAAAUGUCUUGAGAAAGAGUUUGCUGCGUUAAAGGACGAGAACAAAACACUGAAGGUCACCAUUAAAAGCUGGGAGGAAAAACACACAGAGCUUAAUGAGAAGAUUAAAGUCUAUCAGAAGUCCCAGAAAGAACUGGAGGACUCUGUGGUGCUCAAAGAUCACAACGUGGAGGUGCUGUCUGAACUUCUGUCUGACCUGGAAGCUUGUGAUUUACAAAAAGGUGACACCAAAGUUUUGGCCAAUGGUGAAGUAGCACCUGUCUCUCUUACAGACAAGAAGACAGCCAUAAAGAACAGAAUCAAACAGAUGAUGGAUGUUUCUAGGGUUCAGACCACUCUUGCUGUAGUUGAAGAAGAGCGGGAUCGCUUCAUGACAAAACUACUGAAUGAAGAGAAGUCCAGGAAGGCAAUGGAAGAGCAACACCAGGAGCUUGAACAUGCAAUCUCAACCCUGAAAAGUGAGAAGAGCCACAUUGAAAACCAGUUCAAGAUCCUCCAGCAGAAAAACGAAAUCAUGGUCGAAAUGUAUCAGCAGAAGGAAAAUGCCCUGCAGCAGAAAUUAACGAAGGAGGAGCUGGAGCGGCGCAGCAAAGAGAAUCUGCUGUCGGAGGUUGGAGGGAAAGCUGUUGAAGCUGAGGAGCAGGUUAAAAUUUUAAGGCAGCGCAUUAAUGAGAUGGAGGACCAGAUGAAGAAGACUGAGGAAGUCUACAAAGAGCAGAUCAAAGAGCAGGAGAACAAAACUCACUCAAACUGGGUGAACGCUCGUAAUGCAGAGCGAGCUCUAAACCAAGAGAAGCUCGAAUCAUCGAAGCUUCGUGAAAAAUUGGCUGUACUCACCUCUCAGCUCAAUGAGCGCCGCGCUCCUCUCUUCAGACCAAACUCUGGUCAGCCUGCAGGCCCUCGCCAAGGUGACUCAUACGGGCCCUCUCCUGUGAGUGGGGGUGCACCAUCCCCACCUAUAAUGAUUGAGGGUCCCAGGCGUCCUCCUUCUGCCCCAGUUGCACGGAGAAUUGACCCGUUUGGUCCUCGACCUCCAUCAGAUCCCCAUGGUCGUUACCCUGAAAAACACAUCUCUGGGAUGGACAUGAUGGGCCCACGUAGCUCAUCUCCAGCCAACUUGGAUGCAUCUACACAAGCAGUAGAUCCACAGAUAAAAACAGAGACUAAGGCUGAGGUCACCACAGAGAAUCCAGAGGCAGGUCCAGGAUCCUUCAUAGCAUCACCAAUCAGGGACUCACCUGGACCCAUGGUCCAUGGACCUCCACCUGGUCCUGCACCCUAUGACCCAAUGCUCCCUCCUGGCCGUCUGCCACCACCCAUAGCUUACAGACCAUUGCGACCUGGCCCAUAUCACCUCCCACCUUCUCUUCAAGGUCCUCCCCUACCAGCUAAUGGACACCCAGGUAUGCCCCUGCCUGGACCAAUGGGAGGAGAGUUUGGACCCCCCAAUGGACUUGCAAUUCCCCCCAGGCAAGGCCCUGGCCUAGGCAUUGAUCCCCGGGGUCCACUCCCACCGCAAUUCCGUCCCCCUCCACCUCAUCACUUUGGACCGAUGCCUCCUCCACAGGGCGUCCGUGGGCCCAUGGGACCUCGUCCACCCUUCCCUCCUGACAUGCGCUUCCCAUCACCACGUGACCACCCUGGCCAACCUGUGGACCUGCCUCUAGGUGCCCCGCCUCAUCCAGCACAUCCUGGUGAUGCUUAUGGCCUGCCUGCACCCGAUGCCCUCCAGAACUCUGUAGGCGCUCACAGCGUCCCCAGACAGGACCUGCACAUGAAGCAGGAGGCCCCUCAGGACUCAGCCAGGCCAGAAAUGGUCAAGCCUUAAAUAUGCCACCAGCUAUGGCAGAGGACUCAAACACCCCCGUUAACUAAACCUGUCACAAUAACAACCCAGAUCCAGUACAAACAAAGAUCAUGAUUAUUUUCAUAGUCCAGAUGCAAAUGUUCUUACAGCGAGGCCCACAGAUUAAAGAAUGAUCAGUUAUGUCUGAAAUGUGAGCUGAAAGGGUUGCCACUUUUCUAAACAGCCUGUGCAAUAACACUUCAUUUUAUGCCAGAUUUUCAUUUGUGUUGAUCUUUAAGAAAAUUAUAUAGCUAUGAUUUUUAAAGGGGCAGAUUUUUUUUUUUUUAAAUGUCAUUUCCUGUGGAAAUUGUUUUUUAAAAUGGAGAAACAGGAGGGAGGUUUAGCUUCUAGCAUUUCAGGAAUACCAUGAUUUUUCCCAAAGCUCUUGCUUUACGUACAAAUUUCAAAGCAAAUGUGUAAUUUGACGGCCAGAUGUAUAACUUAUUUUACUAUGUUGGUAGAACUUUUAUUAAUAAAGAAUAUAAAAGCUGUGUGUGGUAUGUUAAUACUGAGGAUGUUUUUGUAGGGUGUGUGAUGAAGAAUAUAUGUGAAGAAAUAAGGCGUACAUCUGUGCUGUUAUACAAACAUGUUGGUCCGAAAGCUGCUGUUUCGUAUUUACUGUCUACUGCUCAGUGAUUGUGCUGUUGGUGGGACAAGGACAAAAAAGCUGCUCAGAUAAUCUGAUUUGCUGAGCUGGGAAGUCGUUCCACCAACAUGUUCAUGUGCUUUUAAGUCAGAAUGUGAAAACGUACAGAGACAAUGUGUUUGCAUUUUUAUUGCUCAGAGUGAUGAUGACAGUUUUUUGUUAUUUAAUUAACUGGGGUUUCUUUUUCUGGUUUACAGCUAAAAUGUAACUUUGUAACUAAUCCAGGUCUCUCUAUGUGGAGGGAAAGUGUUACAACAGAAUGCCAUAAUUCAAAUUAAAAAUGAGGGGAAA